UUCUCUGAUUUUUCUACUUUUGCUUUCACUUCUACGAAACAAUCCAUUAUGUUUCUCUUCAAAAUGCGCCAACACUUGUAGCCAACUGAAACUCACGUAUACCCAAAUCAAUCUACAAAUCUUUUUCCAAAUAAAGAAAAGCUUUUAUCUUUCUGUGCCAAGUUGUGUUACUUGCAAUAGUGGAUGGCUCAAUUCACUGCCCAAGGGCGCUUGAAAUUGCUAUUUAAUAGUGAUGGGGUUCACUUUAAGCUUCUUGGCAAUGGUUUUGUUGGUGGGUUAAGAUCAUUUCAGCUCCAGAAGGGAAAACUCAGGUAUAUUGGUUCAUGUACAAGGCAAUAUGCUUCUUCUUUGAGCAAGAAAUCCAGGCACUUCAAAGUCGAGGCAAGCCUCUAUGGAAGUGAUAGUGAUGAGAGUGAAGAUUAUGACAGUGAAUUUGAGACAGAUGAUUUGGCUUGCUUUAGAGGCCUGGUCUUGGAUAUCUCUUACAGGCCAGUCAAUGUUGUCUGCUGGAAGCGUGCUAUAUGUUUGGAAUUCAUGGAGAAGGCUGAUGUGCUUGAAUAUUAUGAUCAGACUGUAAAUUCCCCAAGCGGAUCCUUCUAUAUACCUGCUGUAUUAAGGAUUCCACACCUGCUGCAGGUUGUUAAGAGAAGAAGAAUCAGACAAAAUCUUAGUCGUAAGAAUAUAUUAUUUCGGGACAACUACACAUGUCAGUAUUGCUCUUCACGUGAGAACUUGACUAUAGACCAUGUUCUACCGAUUGCACGAGGAGGAGAAUGGACAUGGGAAAAUCUGGUUGCCGCUUGUGCCAAAUGCAACUCAAAGAAAGGUCAAAAAACAAUUGAAGAAGCAAAUAUGAAACUUAUUAAGGUCCCCAAGGUCCCAAAAGACUUUGAUAUACUUGCCAUACCACUGACAAGUGCAGCAAUAAGGAUGCUGAGGAUGAGAAAGGGGACACCUGAAGAGUGGCGUCAAUAUUUGGCAAGGCCGUCCUCUGAGCCAUGACAUCCGUCCCUCGUGGAAGUUGUACAUUGCUGUGCUUUAUGCAUGUGAUUUCUCACUCCUGAUGCCCACUUCUCCUAAGAGCACAUUGAAAAUGUAUGUAUUGAGAACGUGACUGUUGUAUAUUUUCUUUCUUUUUUCUUAUAAAGUAGAUUAACUCAUGUAUUCAGAACUUGUAUCUAAUUGCUUUAUUUACAAUCAUUUUUGUAAAUUGUACUGUGUUAGGACUGUAGUGUUUCAACGUCAAAUAUAAGUGCUUAAUUUACAAUCAUUUUUGUCACUGA